GCAGUUAAGACACAGGACUUUGGCUUCUCUGCAGCCCCGCUGGACCUAAUACACGUCUGUACUGGUGUCCCUGUCCUGGUCCAGCAUGGUUCUUGUCACCCACGUUCUGGCAUGCCUGUUCGGCAUGGGCUCCUGGGUGUCCAUCAACGGGUUGUGGGUGGAGCUCCCCCUCCUGGUCCCUCAGAUCCCCGAGGGCUGGUACCUGCCCUCCUACCUGUCCGUCAUCAUCCAGCUGGCCAACGUGGGGCCGCUGUUCGUCACCCUCAUGCACCGCUUCCGCCCCGGCGUGCUCAGCGAGACCCUGGUCAUCUACCUGAUCUUGGGGCUGGGUGCGGUGGCCAGCUUCCUGCUGGUGUUCUUCUGGGCCGAGGUGACGGUGGUGGGCGGUGUCCCUCGCAGCCUGGCCCUCCUGCUCCUCACCUUCUUCCUGUCCCUGGUGGACUGCACCUCCUCCGUCACCUUCCUGCCCUUCAUGAUGCGCUUCCCCUCUCAGUACCUCACCACCUACUAUGUGGGGGAAGGCAUGAGCGGGUUGCUCCCCGCCCUGGUGGCUCUGGUCCAGGGGGUCGGAGUGCUCCACUGUGUCAACAGCACACAGACCUUCAACCAGACCCUCACCGGCUCCCUCAAGGCUGGCAUCCAGCUUCACACACUCCAGGCGCAGUAUCAGCCUUCACACUUCUCAACGGAGGUCUUCUUUGGCUUCCUGAGCGCCAUGAUGGUGGUGUGCCUUGUGGCCUUCCUCCUGCUGAACUAUCACCCUGCUGUGACCCGAGAGCGAUCCAACCCCCGCUACUCCAGGCCUGGGGGGGUGGAGAGGAGAGACCCAGCGAUCGGCCAGACCAGCCGGACUGAGCAGAAGCCCAUGAUCAACCCCAGUUUGAAGCCAAAGAGCAGCUUUGGUACCGGGCUGUACAGCUGGAUGCAGGUGGUGUACAUCUUCAUCCUCCUGGCCUGGGUCAAUGCCCUGACUAACGUAGUGCUGCCCUCCGUGCAGUCCUACUCCUGCCUGCCCUACGGGAACAGUGCCUACCACCUGUCGGCCAGUAUGGCUGCUAUGGCCAACCCUCUGGCCUGUUUCCUUGCUAUGUUCUUCCCCUUAAGAUCUCUGUUGCUGAUGGGUGUCCUCAACGCCCUGGGCAGUGGGGUUGGAGGUUACAUCCUGGCCAUGGCUGUGCUGAGCCCCUGCCCUGUGCUGCUGGACGGACCCCUGGGAGCCAGCCUCAUGGUUGGUGCCUGGACCAUCUUUAUACUCAGUUUGUCGUAUGUGAAGGUGAUCAUUGCAGUGAUCCUGCGAGACGAAGGUCACAGCGCCCUUGUGUGGUGUGGAGCAGUAGUGCAGCUGGGAUCGUUCAUAGGGGCCAUCGUCAUGUUCCCAUUGGUCAGCGUGUAUGAUUUCUUUGCAUCUGGAGACCCUUGUAAUAUAAACUGCCCUUGAUUAAAGUUCAAUUUAAUGUUAUUUUUUUAUUCUAUUGAUACCCAAGUGAAUCACUUUCAAAGUUUCACUGGAGACUCAAUAGACUUGGAGGGAAAGAUUAGCACGUGACAACAGUGACAACCACGUUAUCAAGGUUUGAUGAAAAGGACAAGAGACUAAUCACUAUUUGUUCUCAACUGACAUUCUUAUUUUUUGAUGAUUAACAUGAAGCUGUUUUGAACAGUAGAAUUAUAAACAUUUGCGAUCAUGGGCUCUUCAUUCUCAUUAAACACAGACACAAACAUCUGUACAUUGUCAUUGCAGUAAUAAUUUUUCAGUUGUUUGGCUUGAUAUUGUUUAGUCAUGUUACCAUCAUGAGAAGUGAGCUAAUCAUUGUUUAUGACUACUGCAGGUUUUAAUACCAGAACUUAUCCUAAUGAAAAUGUUUUGAUAUCAGAAUGAGUUUUUAUUACAUUUGCAUGUAAUUUAAGUGUGUAAAAAUAUACCCGAGGGAACAACACAAGCUGUUAUUUGGAUGCAAUCAAUCUCAGUUUCAGUUACUUAACAUUCUAACGUGUAAAUUUUUUAAUAAAGUACAGAAAACGAUCUCCUGCAAUCAUACACAACCACUAGAUGUCAGUAUACACAAUGACAUCAACAAUUCCUUCUGAUUCCAUCCUCAUGUUAAAUUUGGUGAAGCUGAAUACAUUUGAACCAGCUGUCAAAAAGGACAAUUACUUUUUGAAGAAAAAACUGAGAUGACCUUUAUGAUCCCAACUGAUCAUUCAUCCAAAAUAACAGCUGCUGAAGAGGGUGUUGGGACGUGACUGGGAGGGUCAGACUAACUGCGGGGUGAUUUCAUCCUGCUCCUGUAAAACGAACAGUGAUUGGUCCUUCAAUCACUCUGGGCUAUAAAUGACCUUCAGUUAAAAGGAUUACUUCUAAUCAAGUUGAGAAGGGGACCAAACAGAAGUUAAAGCUUGUCCUUACAAGUUCAAGUGGGAUGCAUUAAAUAGGCCAUCUUUAAAGUUCAGUAGAGCUCAAGCUAUAAUUUGUGUAAUUUAUAUUAUUAACUUUAAUUCAUGGGAGGUUUCUCAUUUAGCUAAAUCAUUUUAAAGGAGGCCUGCACACCAGAAAACCUGUUAUAUAUAAAUAACUCACAAUUUGUUUAUAUCAGUGUUUCAUUGUCUACUUUCUAACAUAAAAAACAUGACACUGAUAGGGUGUCCAACCACACCAACUGCCAUGUAGUACG